AAGAAGAGGCGUAGUUUAGACACACAACAAGCAGCCCAGGGCACUUACACAACCCACUGUGUAUUUCCGUGUUACUUCCUUGUUCUGUCUUAUCUUUGGUAUUUUUCUGGAGAGAAAUGUGUAGACAGCGGUAAUUUUGGGGGGAUUCGGCUACUUAUCAAUGCGAGCGACAGAUACGCAUAAUAAUUGUUUUCUUUAGAUCCCCGCCUUGCGGUUACUGAUUCGUCAAGACCCGCUGAGGUGAUCAGGAGCUGUAGGACUUCUUCACCCCAGUACUUCUCGUCGAUGGCAGACUCCCGAGAAAGACGGAAAACCGGCGAAGAGCCUCAGGGUGCAGUCGGGGGUGAAGAUGUCAUCGAUGACAGAAUUAUGGAACAAGGAGCUGUUGUUUUAAGAGGGUAUGUCAUAGAGAGGGUCAGUGCAGAAAACCCAGAGAGACGUUUGACUCCAGAGGACCUUGGUGGCAGACCCAACGAACUAGAGGACCACCAAGUCAAAGACGUGGUACAACAACUGCUGCUGAUCGCUGAUGACCUGAACAGAAAUGCUGAGCUACAACACCUAAUAAGCACAGUCCAGGUAAACUGUGUCCAGGAUGUGUUCUUCUCAGUGGCCAGGGAAAUCUUUGCAGAUGGUAUCAACUGGGGCAGAGUGGUCUCCCUGUUUCACUUGGCCUACAAGCUUAUUUACAAGGCACUGACACAGAACCACUUAGAAAUCAUCAAGAAGGUUAUUAGCUGGGUAUUACAGUUCAUCAGGGAAAAUGUCUCCGCUUGGAUCCGACAGCAAGGAGGAUGGGAGGCGGUUGUUAGCACCGUGUCACAUUGGCGUACUGUGUCGCUUGUGGCUGCAGUGGCUUUCGUGAUGGCCGUGGUUUACUGGAGGAAAACACACUGACAUCAUCUCAGGAAGUGCCCUUGGUGAAAUCAAAGUGCCCUUAAAAUGUGGACAGUUCUCUAGGAAGACAGGUUAAUGUGUUAUGUCCUGUGCAGUUGAUUUGACUUUGGGGCACAGGUGACCUAGUAAUCUUUAUUUUUAUAUGUGUAUAUAUAUAUAUGAUGAAUUGAUCUGAAAAGGGAGAGUCAGGGGCUUUUUGGUACAGUACUCCAAACUGAGCAAGUAUUUAUUAGUACCAAUGUGAAACGGAAUUUUUCUAUUGCUCAAAAAAUAACCUUGUAAGGUGUUUUAUUGAACAAUGUUUUAUUGGACAUUAGAUGUUUUAUUGAAUCCCAAAUCUUCUAUUGAUUUGGAAUUAAAAGUAAACCACUACUAUUUUUUCACAGCUCUAAAUAGGUAUUAUAUAGAGUGGGGCAAAAAAGUAUUUAGUCAGCCACCAAUUGUGCAAGUUCUCCCACUUAAAAAGAUGAGAGGCCUGUAAUUUUCAUCAUAGGUACACGUCAACUAUGACAGACAACAUGAGGAAAGAAAAUCCAGAAAAUCACAUUGUAGGAUUUUUUAUGAAUUUAUUUGCAAAUUAUGGUGGAAAAUAAGUAUUUGGUCACCUACAAACAAGCAAGAUUUCUGGCUCUCACAGAACUGUGAGGCCCCUCUGUCCUCCACUCGUUACCUGUAUUAAUGGCACCUGUUUGAACUUGUUAUCUGUAUAAAAGACACCAAUGUGAUUUUCUGGAUUUUUUUUCCCCUAAUUUUGUCUGUCAUAGUUGAAGUGUACCUAUGAUGAAAAUUACAGGCCUCUCUCAACUUUUUAAGUGGGAGAACUUGCACAAUUGGUGGCUGACUAAAUACUUUUUUGCCCCACUGUAUAUGUAUCUGAAUGGACCAAAUGUCUUUUAAAUCGUGGCAAUCAUGCACACAUGUUUAAUAAAAAAUACCUUUGCCAAAGCAAACUAA